AUGGAUCAUCAAAAUAGAGAAACUCAACUUGCGCUACGUUGUUUAAAAGGUUUUCAGAAAAGGGUUGAGGAAAAAAAACCGGGUCUUUUCUUUCUUUAUGGAUAUAGAGGAACCGGAAAAACAUACAUUUUGAGAGCUAUGUCUGCAGCAUUAAGAACAAAAUGCGAGAUUGUUCUAACGGUAGUGUCAAGUGGGAUAGCUGCUUUGCUAAUUCUUGUAGGAUAUACUACAGAAAAAGAAAAAAAAAACUUUCCAUUUGGUGGAAAAGCAGUUGUUUUGGGUGGAGAUUUUCGUCAAAUUCUUCCUGUUAUACCAAAAGGAACAAGACAAGAGGUUGUUAAUUCCACUAUAUAUUCUUCGAGAUUUUGUGAGGUGCUUACAUUGACAACUAGACUACAGACUGGCAGUUCAGAUUCUGACAUUGAAGAUGAAAAGAAUUUUUCAGACUGGAUUUUGGGUAUUGGUGAUGGAAGUAUUGGGCAAUCUAAUGACUCAGAUAUCACAAUACAAAUACCACUAAAUCUGUUGGUUCCUAACUUAGGUGAUCCUCUUUCAACUAUUGUUCAGAGCACUUAUCCAGAUCUAUUGCACAAUAUGAAUGAUCCAACUUUUUUUAAAGAUAGAGCUAUAUUAGCUCCUAAAACAUGUUGGUAUGUAUCUUCCACGGUCAAUUUUCUCCCAUGGCUAACUAUAUGUUGCAGUGUCAAUAAUAACUUCAAGGAAAGGCUUGAAAAUAUUGAUAACCGAUGA